GCUCCCUUCCCUCUACCUCCCUCCAAGUUCCUUCGCUCCCUUCUCCCUUUCCAUCCCUCCCUUCUCCCUUCUUCCGCCAUGGCCAUCCAAAAAGAACCCGGUCAGAAAGGCGUCAACUGGUCCAACAUCGCAGUCGGCGCCAUUAUGAACAUGAUGCAGGUCACCACACUCGGCCAGCCUUUGGAGGUCCUCAAGACGCAAAUGGCGGCGAACCGCUCGCAAACUAUGGCUCAAGCCGCUCGCUCCGUUUGGGCUCGCGGCGGUGCUGUCGGCUUCUACCAGGGCUUGAUUCCUUGGGCAUGGAUCGAGGCAUCCACCAAGGGUGGUGUCCUCCUCUUCACCGCAUCGGAGAUUGAGACUGCUGGUGUCAACAUGGGCAUCAGCCCUGCUUCUGCUGGUCUUCUCGGUGGCAUGGGUGGUGGUAUUGCGCAGGCAUACGCCACGAUGGGAUUCACGACGUGUAUGAAGACUGUUGAAAUUACUCGCCACAAGGAAGCCGCGGCUGGCGUAGAGCGUUCAACUUUCCAGGUCUUCAUGGACAUUUACCGCAAGGAAGGCCUUCGGGGAAUUAACAAGGGUGUUAAUGCAGUCGCAGUGCGACAGUGCACGAACUGGGGAUCACGCAUGGGCUUCGCUCGACUAGCUGAGUCCUCGAUACGCAAGGUACGAGGCCAGGGCGAGAACGACAGAUUGGGUGCUUUGGACAAGAUUUUCGCUUCUUCCGUUGGUGGUGCGCUCGCCACUUGGAAUCAGCCUAUUGAGGUUAUUCGUGUGGAGAUGCAAUCCAUGGCGAAAGGCACGGCCAGUGCCAACCGUCCGGCCAAAAUGACGAUUGGCAACACUUUCAUGUUCAUCUAUCGCGAGAACGGUAUCAAGGGCCUGUAUCGCGGUGUUACUCCCCGGAUAGGUCUUGGAAUCUGGCAGACGAUCUGCAUGGUCUCAUUCGCCGACUAUGUCAAGGUCUGGGUAAAAGGACGUCAAUAGAGUAGAGGAUGGUUAGAUAUAGUUUUUUAUUAUUCUAUAGACUGCAUGAUACACCUUUCCAGUAAUUAGUAGUGUCUGAUCUCAGUGGGUUUCACUCGUCGUGAACUGAUGUGUUGUCUAUGAGUGCCUUGAAUUUUAAUCG